UUUGUAAUUGCUUCAGUUUCACUAUAUAUAUAAUAAGUCAAAUAACAACUGUCUAGUAUCCUGAAGUUUUAGCUAAAAAUAGUUAGUAUCCGGCUCCUGUUGUCUUUGAGGUUAGAUUAAUCUUGAAAUAUUAGUUUUUUUUUUUUUUUUUGAAGUUUUAGCAGUGAUUUUGGUGUAAAAAUAAUAUGGCUUCGUCUAGUGGAAAUUCCAAUUCCUUAGGUUCCACUCUGCUUCAGAAUUCUGGCUCUGAAGAGGAUUUGCAUCAGUUGAUGGAUCAAAGAAAAAGAAAGAGAAAGGAAUCAAACAGAGAAUCAGCAAGGAGAUCCAGGAUGAGAAAACAGAAGCACUUAGAUGAUUUAGUGGCCCAAGUGACACAGCUAAGGCAGGAUAAUAACCAAAUCCUCACAAGCAUUAACUUCACCACCCAGCACUACUUGAACAUCGAGAAUGAGAACUCAGUUCUGAGGGCUCAGAUGAUGGAACUAAGCCAAAGACUAGACUCCCUAACUGAGAUCCUCAAUUAUCUCAACACUCCCACAACUUGCAAUGGGGUGUAUGAAACUGGGGAUUUUGAAACAAGUGCUGAUCACAGUUUCACCAAUCCUUUCAAUAUGCCUUAUCUUAACCAACCCAUCAUGGCCUCUGCAGACAUCUUUCAAUACUGAUCCAUCCUCAUCAACAUCAUCAUUACUAUAAAUGGAUGAAAAAUGGUCCAAAAUUUAUGGAUGUCUUUGCAUUAACUUCCCCUUCUUUUAUGCUGUUGUUAUUAUGAUUAAUAUAUUAGUAAAACAUUAAUCUUAUUGUGAACUAGCAAGAUGACAUAAAAGAUGAUUGCAAGAGAAAUGGGGCGACUAGCAAGUAAAAGCUGAUUGCUAGGGGAUAAAAUUAUGAGUUUUUCUGCUGUUGUAAAUGGGGGAUAUUUCAGAUAUAAAAAUAUGGUGUGAAGGGUUGUGGAUGUAUGUGGUAUCCCACGAUAUGUAUUAUAGUAUAUAUUAAUUUCCUUUCACUUUUUUGGUUUCUUUCUUCUUUUUCUACCUUCUAUACGUCAUAAUUUAUAGUGUCUUGUGUUCUUGUAUGCAAGAGCAUGAUUCUCUUUCUAGGUCCAUUUUCUUUCCUUUU